AUGGCGAGACUCACUGACGAUGUCAGGAAACGUCUUGGAAUGUACCACAUCCACGGUCCUACUCUGAAAAUGAUGAUGCAUACAAUGGACUCCGGACAAGCUCCAGAUCUGAUGAUGCCGGCACGUUUUAACCCGAAACGAAGGUGGAUGUCUCGUGGACAGCGUCAACUUGAACUUCGUAUUAAAGCCAAACGACGUAAAUACAACGCGAUUCAGUCAUUCUCUUCUGGUGAGAUCGAACUUUGCGCCUCUUUUUCAUGCACUUUCAGACAAGUGCUUAACUCAAAAUUUUUAAAAUACUUCAUGGUUUCAACGACGUACGCUCCGGUUUAUGCCAAUCCAGUGCUGCCUUAUCUUGGAUCAUUAAACAUUGCUGACCUUGGACCGGGGGUAUACUCUUUUAUAAUUACUCAAAGAUUUAGCUGA